UUCUCUUUUAAAGUCGCAUGUAAAAUGUGAUUGGAUAAUUUUCUUUAUGCAUAUGUUUAUACGGCUAUGAAAGUUGUGUUGAUAUACCCUGACCAUGCAUUUGUUUCUUUUUUCAGAAGACCGAAGAAUCUUCCCCCCCCCCCAAGUUACGAAAGAAAACAAGAUACCCGGUGAUUAGAUAACACUAUCAUAAACUGAACAUAUAUAUUUCAACGCACAGUUUUCAGCAAUAUCAUUCCUAGCUAUUCUUUCGCUGUGUGCUAGUAUACUGAUUUUCAAGAUGAAUCAAAACGUGGAACCUCUGGAUCCAUCCAAAAUAAACGUCGCAUCAAGAACAUUACAUCAACCGCCUCUCGACGAGUUAAUGAAUGUCCUAGCAGAAGGAUUGACUGCAAAUUUUACGGAGGCUACUGUCGAGAUGGCUGAUUGUCCUAAUUUUAGUGGAUGGCCUUACAAUUUUUAUCGAGAAGGUUUGUGUGGUAAUCCGAUUCUUUUGGAAGUUGGUAGUCCAGCGUAUCUUCUACCAACUGUCCAGAGAGACAAAUUCUAUGAUGUUAAGUCGUUGCUACGACAGAUAAAUUACAAUUAUGAUACUCUUGUCAUUGGCGCAGGAGCUGGACCUUGGCCACAUACAGGUUGCAAUUGUGAGCUUAUUAUGAAAUUAAAUAUAGUAAACGAUAAAGUUUCGCCAGGGUAUAGACUUGGCAUGGGAGUGGCGAAUGGAACGCAUUAUGCAUUUGUUAAUAAGUCUAAUGGAGAGUGCAUACUUCAACGGAUAGUUGCCAAUGAGGAUGAAACAACUUUUGCAUUGUUGGCUAAUCUGUAUGUGUGCGAAGGCAAACCUGGGAAAGUUAUAAAAGUGCGCGCUAAAAAACGUACGGGCAAACUGGACUUCAUAUCAUGCAUGCAGAAAGCAUUGGAAAAACAUUAUGAGGAUAAGCUCGUAGGUUUAGGUGGCAUGUUCGAAGUAAGGAAUGGAAAAGUAAAGCAGCAUAUUAUGCCAGACUUUUCGGAUACUCCGUUGACUAACGAGGCACAGCUUAAUAACUGGUUACGUUUCUACGAUAUGGAGACUCCUCUGAUAGCUGUUGGCACAUUUGUUAGCGCCGAAACAGAUUUAGAUCUCAGGGUCCAGCAUUUUCAUAGUGCUUUUGAUGAGAACAGAUUGGGUGGACAUUAUCAUAUUGAUACAACGCCGGAUACGAUCGAAUACGAAGGCUACUUCAAUGUGGCAUCUACGCUUUACCGUGUCGAUCAACCGCCCAACAAAAUGCAGUUUGGGAAAGAUUAACCUUGUAUAUAUUGUUACAUGUAUAUAUAUGUAUAUAUUGUUACAGCAAGUUGGAUUUUAUGAAAUAACUUUUAUACCAUUGAAAUUGCCACGA